AUGAACUCAGACAAGACCAACACAGGAACCUGGACUGGAUCCCAGAGGCGACAGACCUCGGCACAUGCCCUCAACAGGCACUCGAGCCGCAGCCACGCUCUUCUGACCGUCCAUGUCCGCAGCCGGGCCCCCAGCGCCUGCCCCAGCAAGCAGGGCACGCUGUGCUUCGUGGACCUGGCCGGCAGCGAGCGGGUGAAGGAGACCGGCUCCAGUGGGGAGCUCUCCGUGGAGGCCAACAAUAUCAACCGCAGUCUCCUGGCACUGGGACACUGCAUCUCUCUGUUGGCCAAACCCCGAGGGAAGCGGACGCACAUUCCCUACCGAGACAGCAAGCUCACGAGGCUGCUGGCCCGCUCCCUGGGCGGCUCGGGCAUCACCCUGAUGGUCGCCUGCAUCUCCCCGUCCUCACGCUGCCUCUCGGAGACGCUGAGCACGCUGCACUACGCCAGCCGGGCCCGCAGGGUCACCACCAGGCCUCUGGCCAACAGGGUGUCCAGGGAGAAGCUGCUGCAAACCUUGGAGGAAGAAAUCCAUGCCCUGCAGCUGGAAAACCUCUCCCUGCGCCAGCAGCUGUGCCUGCCCAGGGUGCCAAUGAGGACCACAGAGGUCCCAGGGACCCCCCCAAAGCCAGGGGCAUGGCCAGGCUGGGGAGGCAGGUAUGGCCCUGCAGGGCUGCGUUGCUCCACUUUUGAAGGGCAGGUCCCAUCGGAGGGAGCCCCAGCCUGGCUCAGCUUCUAUGGCCUCCUGCGGGACUUCGUGGUGGAGAACGAGCAGCUGAGGCAUCCCUGGCUGUCCCCAGACCCAAGUGGUGAUGUCCCAGCUGGCCCAUCCCGCAGAGCCACCCGCAGCUCCUGUGACAGCCAUCCCCCACUCCGGAGCGCCCGCACACCCCGUGUCCCCCAAGGCCACCCCGCAAGGCUCCAGCAGCCUGACACAACACCGGCCUCUGGCCCCCGGCUGCUGAAGCUGCCUCCCACCUCCAGCCGCCCCGGCUGCCCAGGGUGCCCCCACUGCUGCCCCGGGCUGGCCGAUGCCAUCGUGUCCCAGGUGCUGCCAGGGCCCCCCGCACCACAGCCGGUCCCCCCCGAGGGAAGUGGGGGCAUCCUGCCACCCAGCCAGGAGGAUGUGGCUCUGCCCAGCUUCCAUCAGCUGCCCGGGCACCCCCAGCAGCACCAGGAGAAGCGGAGCCGGGGUAGGAGCAGGAGCUCGUCUCAGCAACACGCAGUCCGUCGGGAGCUGCCAGGGCCCAAGCGCUGUCCCAGCCCCGAGGGGAGGGUCAUCCCUUCGGCACCGCCAUGGCCUGGAUUGCCGGAGCCAAGAGCCGCCGGCACCGUCCCUCUCCUCCAGUGGGAAGAGGCACUGGACUGGCUGGCGGAGCAGAUCUGAGCAGCCGCAGCCACGCCAUGGACGGGGCCAGCAGCGGGGAUCUGGCAGAGCCCACACACAGUUAUUA